AUGCGACACCCUAGACUGUCCAAUCGCACCUAUUCACACGGAGAUUCAUACGCGCUAAAUGGGACACUCAUAUCUCUGUUCCUAUCUAUCUAUCUAUCUAUCUAUUUAUCUAUCUAUCUUUGUUCUUAUAUAUGUAUCUAUGUAUGUAUGUAUGUAUCUAUCUAUCUCAUCUCCUUUCUCUCUUUCUUCUCUUCAAUGUUUAUGAAUAGUUGUCAAUGUAUUCUCUUUCUCUAUUUGUUUAUCUUUCUUUUUAUCAUUCUGUUACCAUUUCUCUUUCGCUUUAUUUAUACAAUAAACGUCUGUCUUGCGUCCUCCUUGUCUCUCUUUUCCUUCUUUCUGUCUUUCUUUCUUUCUUUCUUUCUUUCUUUCAACAAACUUCAUCUUUUUUUUUCUCAUUCGAUAACUGCCCUCCAUCUUACCUUUUCUUUUCUUUUUCUUUCUUUCUUUCUUUCUUUCUUUCUUUCUUUCUUUCUUUCUUUUCUUUCGAUAACUUUCUUUUCUUUCUUUCAACAAACUUCAGUCAUUCUUUCUCAUUCGAUAACUGUCUCUCACCAUCUUACCUUUUCUUUUCUUUCUUUCUUUCUUUCUUUUCUUUCAACAAACUUCAGUCUUUCUUUCUCAUUCGAUAACUGUCUCUCCAUCUUACCUUUUCUUUCUUUCUUUCUUUCUUUCUUUCUUUUUUUCUUUCUUUCAACAAACUUCAGUCUUUCUUUCUCAUUCGAUAACUGUCUCUCCAUCUUACCUUUUCUUUCUUUCUUUCUUUCAACAAACUUCAGUCUUUCUUUCUCAUUCGAUAACUGUCUCUCCAUCUUACCUUUUCUUUCUUUCUUUCUUUCUUUCUUUCAACAAACUUCAGUCUUUCUUUUUUCAUUCAACAAACUAACUUUCUUUCCAUUCUUAACUUUUUCACCACCUUUCUUUUCUUUCUUUCUUUCUUUCAACAAACUUCAUCAUUCUUUCUCAUUCGAUAACUGUCUCACCAUCUUACAUUUUCUUUCUUUCUUUCUUUCUUUCUUUCUUUCUUUCUUUCUUUCUUUCUUUCAACAAACUUCAGUCUUUCUUUCUCAUUCGAUAACUGUCUCUCCAUCUUACCUUUUCUUUCUUUCUUUCUUUCUUUCUUUCUUUCUUUCUUUCUUUCUUUCUUUCUUUCAAACUUCAGUCUUUUCUUUCUCAUUCGAUAACUUCUUUCUUUCUCAUUCGAUAACUGUCUCUCCAUCUUACCUUUUCUUUCUUUCUUUCUUUCUUUCUUUCUUUUUCUUUCUUUCUUUCUUUCAACAAACUUCAGUCUUUCUUUCUCAUUCGAUAACUGUCUCUCCAUCUUACCUUUUCUUUCUUUCUUUUUUUCUUUCUUUCUUUCUUUCUUUCUUUCUUUCUUUCUUUCUUUCUUUCUUUCUUUCAACAAACUCCAGUCUUUCUUUCUCAUUCGAUAACUGUCUCUCUAAUUCCAUAUUUUCUCCAGAGAACUGA